AUGCCCGACAGCUUAGCGCCAGGGCCCAACCCAAAGCCGGCGAAGACCAUGUCUUCCCGGCUUCUGACAAUGAAAUUCAUGCAGAGAGCAGCGGCAUCAGCCGCCCAACCGACAGUAGAAGAACAGCCAGAAACGCCCUCACCCAAGCGACCACGCCUGUCAGCGCCCAGCAGCCCGGCACAGCCUCUCUCUGAUUUAGAAGCCGUCAACGCUGCUCUUGCGGCCGAAGAACAGAAACGCGCAGAAGCCAUUACCCGACAGGCGGCUGAAGCAGGCGAGUCUGAGUGGGUGUUGGAUUAUCAUGGCACUGGCGGGUCACCAGUUUCCGCGUAUCCUGCAAAACCUUCGAUUCUCGCAGCCGAUUCUCUAGAUACAGAGCCUCAAGAAAGUGGUCGAAGGAGUUUUGGGAAUUUUAAGCCAAAGAAACAGGUUAUGAUUAUGGAUCCUAAUGAGCCUGACUCUGGAAGGAAGCCGAAAGCAGAGGUGAAACUUCACAAACUAAACAGCAUAUCUGGUGGCCGAGGUUCGUCAGGAAGUCGAAUAUCAGGCGGGGGAGGCGAUGGAGGAAGUGGUGGUGGAAAGAAACACAGCAAAUCUGGAAAGAAGAGAUCAAGAUAA